AUGGUGCUCGUGUACAGUUGCUGUUUUUGGUUUUCGCUUCGUCUUGGUGGAAUUUUAGUAGCAAUUUUCUCAAUCAUUCAAGCUUUAGUGGGAAUAAUAAUUUUUGGUAUAGCUCACAAGCAUUCGGAAAAUAUCAAAGAUGAAAUAUCUUUGUGGAUGAAAAAUUUUAACCUCAUUUACGUGAAUGGAUACUUGGAAAAUUUACAAGAAGAUCCGGGAAAGUACAUAACUUUUUCCGUUAUUAUUUUAACAAUAUACAUAUUUGUUAGUCUCCUGUAUAUUUAUGGAGCCUACGUGUUCAAUAAUGCUGCGAUGAUUGGAUUUAUUUUAAUAGAGCUGAUACGCCUUUUCAUUCUUUCAAUAAUAGUAACAACGUUGCUGUUGGUUCUUAAACAGAACAUCAUGGAUAUAGGUCUCGUUAUUGGCGCCAGUGUUAUGGGUGGCUUUGUUUUGUUGGGCCUGUUUUAUCUGUGGGUGUGUGCUGCCAGUCUACCAUUACUCAUCAAUGAGAUGGAACUCGAAGAGCAGGCAGCGAAGAUUGAGAAACUCCAACUGCUCCUCGAGAACAAGAAUCAGCGAUUCAACUCAAAACCUUUGCACUCUUAUGAUAAUGAAGAUUUAUAUACAAGACAAUUGUUCGUUAUAACAGGAAACACUAAACCUGACGAAGAAAGUCGAAUGAAUAGAAUUUUUUAUUAA